AUUUAUCAGUGUUUAUAAAUUGUAGGUAAUGAAUGAUAACUUGAUAAUUCUUCAACAAGUUAAAACAUGUACACUAAAAAAUUCUAAACUCAACAAAAUAGCAAAGUUUAACCAUAAUAGAUUAAGAAUUUAGAACUGAAUAUAUCAGAAAUAAUGUCUCCGAAGGUUAACAAAAUCAAACUCAACAAUGGUAUGGAACUGCCAAUGAUUGGUCUCGGAACUUAUGCAAGACAAUGGGAUGCAGGGGAUGUCCAACAAGCUGUAGAGUGUGGUAUAGACUUAGGCUACAGGCACAUUGACACUGCAUCUUGCUAUAAAAAUGAAGAGGAGGUAGGACUGGGCAUACUUAAUAAAAUCAAGAAUGGAAAUGUAUCUCGUAAUGACCUUUUUAUUACAACUAAGUUGUGGAACAAUUAUCAUGGAGAGAAUGAGGUAGUUCCGGCAUUGAAAGAAUCUUUAGAGAAACUGAAACUAGACUAUGUCGACUUGUAUUUAGUUCAUUGGCCUAUCUCAAUCAAUAAUAACGGAGAAGACAAAGGGAUAGACUACUUAGAAACUUGGUUGGGAAUGCAACAAGCUUUACAGCUUGGUCUCACCAAAGCAAUUGGUGUUUCUAAUUUUAAUGAAGAACAACUGGACCGACUGCUCAAAGUAGCUAAAGUUAAACCUGUUGUCAAUCAAAUUGAGGUCAACCCCACUCUUACUCAACAUAAAUUGGUGGACUUCUGCAAAAGUGUAAAUGUUCAACCGGUGGCUUACACCCCUCUGGGACUCAUGUCUGAUGCUCGGCCUGAGUACGCACAUCUUGAUCGGAUCAAGACUGAUCCAAAAUUGGAAGCAUUGGCUGCCAAGUAUGGCAAAACUCGUGCACAGAUAGCACUGAGAUACUUGGUUCAACGUGGUAUUGUGGUUAUCCCGAAGUCUUUUACGAAAUCUCGUAUGGAGGAGAAUUUGAAUAUUUUCGAGUUUGAAUUGACUGAUGACGAAAUGGCGCUGGUAGAUAGCUUUAAUAUAGACCAUCGGUGUGUGCCGGCCACUUCAUUCGCUCACCAUAAAUAUUACCCCUUUUAGUGUAAUUAACAUAGUUAAUGUUAUGGGGUAUUGGGAUAUUUUAUAUUUACCACCAGUGAGUAUAUUCUAGUAGAGCUUCAAAUUGGAAACUAAUUCUGAUCAAAAUUCCUGUAAACUGUUUAUCUCUCAUGUUACGUAAGAGGAUGGUUGUGAUUUAAAAAUCCCCGAUUUUAGAGCUGUGAUAGACUUCAAUUAAGGAUAAAUGGUAUUAUAUUUGUUCAUGUGGUUAAAAUAAAAUUUGUUUCUAUAGA